AUGGAAGACUCUCCCCCAGGAUCACCGCUCUCUACAAUCUCCAGCGACGCUUUCGAACCCGAUUAUGGAACUGUUACUGCCCAUAUGCCUCCAGCAAAGCGCCAGAAGCUAGAGGACACCUCAAGACGGGCGACACCAACAUCCCAUCAAGUCGACUUCGAUGCCGUCGAGGAAUCUUCCGACACCGAUGGAGAGGUCCCCAACUCGCCGAAUAACUCACGGCCGGAGGAUGACGAUAACCAUGAGCAAGUGACGAUCUGCGCUUGGGAUGGUUGUGAAGCUGGCGACCUGGAUAACAUGGAUCGGUUGGUAGAGCAUAUACACAAUGAGCAUAUCGAAACGCGGCAGAAGAAGUAUACGUGCGAGUGGGAAUGCGAUCGCGCUUUCACACGCUCGGAUGCUCUUGCGAAGCAUAUGCGAACUGUUCACGAAACCGAAGCUCUUCGGCCUUCUGAUCCAAUCCCCAAGUCGAUGCAGCCGGCUGCAAAAACAUCCCGCCGAGUGAAGCUGAUACACAAAGCUUCCCCAAACUCAGCGGAAGACCACAGCGGGGCCACAACGUAUGGCGACACCAACGGCGAUGCUUCUACGGAGUGGACGUCGUCUUAUCCACCGGAUCUUGGAUUCACUCCAGACGAAGAAGCAAAAGGCCCAGUACAGUUGUACCAAUAUCUACGUCGAGAAUUGAUGUGGACAGAAGAAGAAUCAGAGAUACUUAAGCGACAAGCAGAUGAGAUGGAGGUUAUUAGAAAAAGGGAAUGGAUGGAGAAAGAGGUGCUGAUGGACCAAGUCGUCAAAACCGAAAUUUCAUACCACGAGCGUCGAGCAGCAGUCCUAGAAGGUCAAGCAAAGUUGCCUACUGCAGACGAAAUCAGAGCCGCUGCCGCUGUGGCUGCACCCGUUUCCUAUCAAAUGACACCCGUCAAAUCACAACCGUUAGAGGACCAAACAGAAGCUGCGGUUGUGCUAGCCUCCAUGCGGCAAACAUGA